CACGGCAUUAGCGGUACGUGUCUUAUAUUUUUUCCUUUAAAUAUUUCUUUAAUAAUGUGAAAGCGUAAUAUUAUAGUUGGUUACUAAAUUUUUCUUCAACAUACAUAAGACAUGUGACGUGCCUUAGUCCUAUUGGCUUUUUACAAGCACGAAAUUAUGCUGCUAGAAAAGGUACAAGAGAGAAAGCGAGGAAGAAAAAAGUCAAAGUGGUUGUUCAAAAACUCGGUUUUAUGGCACACAAGGAGAGAAAAGCAGUAUUUUCUGAUAAACGAAACAAGGCCAAACAAGGGAAUAUUAUAUUAGAUGAUAGUAAAAAACCAGAUCCGCUGGAUAAUGUCUGGAUUGGACAAUUUCACAAAUGGAAAAUUUAUUCAUUUGAAGAAGCAAUACAGAGUCAUCGUGAAAUACAUCAUCCUACUAUGUACAAUUUACCAAAUGCACUUCUAAAUGCAUUCAUAGAAUUGGAUAUGCAGGGUUCAAAGAAAACAAAAUUUGUCCCUGCUUUCACAAGAAUAGCAUGUGUGCCACAUUCAUUCGAUCAUGGUCAAAGCAGAAAAAUAUUAGCGUUUUGUAAAUCACCUGAAGUGCAGCAAAUAGCAAGAACAGCUGGAGCUCAGUAUGCUGGUGGUAAAGAAUUAAUAAAACAGAUUCAGAGUGGAGAAUUCUCACUGAAAGAGUAUGAUAUUAUUUUGUCAGAGCCAAGCAUCUUACCUGAUCUAUUGCUAAUUAGAGGACUCAUGAGGAAGAACUUUCCUAGCACUAAAUUAGGUACUCUAAGUCCUGAUAUGAAUAUGCUUGUAACGAAAUUUUUAACUGGAAUAAAAUAUAUGGCAAAGCCACAAAAUCUCCUACAAUCUUAUGGCACUAUUGAUGUUACAUUUGGAACGCUCGAUAUGGAUAUAAAACAAUUGGAAGAGAAUUUUAUUGCUAUUAUUAAGGAUGUUGAUGCUGCAAAAGUACGCCAAUCAGAGCCUUUUAUCACAAGAAUUCAUAUUUUGUGUCCACCAACAAGAGAAAAGUUUAAAGUUAACUUUGAACAAUAUUUACCUGAAAGUAGUGCGCUUAAAAAAGAAGAAGAAGAAGAAGAAGACGAAAGCGAAAAGCCAGAUGUUGUUAUUGCAUCUCAUUAAUUUUAUUAG